AUGGACGAGUGGACGGCUGCUCAGAUCCAUCUGCUCGGCGAGGUGCCGCCUCUUGCGCGUCUUGGCUUCGUCCGAUAUUCAUGGUUUGAGGUCCAGUUCAGGGUCCAGCCGGCUUUGACCGAGGAGGCUCUGAUGACCCAGGAGGCAGUGGAGCAUUGUGGGUCUACGCUUACUUUCCCAGGCAACCGUAAGUUCUUCAUCGCCGCCACCGACUAUUUCACCAAGUGGGUUGAGGCUGACUCACUAGCGACCAUAAGGGAAAAGGACGUGAAGAAGUUUGUGUGGAAAAACGUGAUCACCCGUUUCGGUAUAUCCAAGGCCCUCAUCUCGGAUAAUGGCGCUCAAUUUGAUGGUAAACUCUUUCGCGGAUUUUGCGAAGAGUUGAAGAUCGAGUUCUACAAUUCGACGCCGGCCUAUACUCAGUCAAAUGGUCAAGCAGAGGCCUCAAACAAGACCAUCCUGGACGGGCUGAAGAAGCGGCUUGAGAAGGCUAAGGGCAAGCGAGCUGAAGAACUCCCUAAUGUGCUCUGGGCAUACCGCACUACGCCAAGGCGGUCAACCGAAGAAACACCAUUUGCUUUGGCCUACGGCAUGGAGGCCGUCAUCCCAUUGGAAAUUGGCAUGCCAACCAUCCGCUCUGAAAGUUUCCAGCCAGAUCUGAAUAGUGAAACGGUGGCAUUGGAGUUGGACCUUGCUGAAGAAAGGAGGGAGCGAGCAUUGAUCCACAUAGCGGCUUAUCAACAAGAACUCUCCAAAAAGUACAACAAGGCUGUGCACCCCAGGAUGUUCAAGAUUGGGGACUGGGUAUUAAGAAAGGUGCUUGGCAACACAGUGGUCCCUGGCGAAGGAAAGCUCGGUGCAAAUUGGGAAGGACCAUACAAGACCUUUAGCCUUUUGGCACUUAAUGUAAAGGAUAGCAAUGCUUUUGUAAUGAAAAAUAGCCCUCUUGUUGUUUGGAAUUACGUCUUUGUACAAUGGAUUCGCAAGGACGCAAGGCAAUUAUGA